AUGAUGUCGCUGAGGGGGUUCGGGGAGCACAGUUGCAACGUCGGCAACAUCUUCAGCGGGCUCACGUGCGGCAUUAACGACCAGACGGCACCGCCUCGCGCCGUCCGGAAGCCCACGGGCCGCCCCGCGGACGCGACGCGCAAGCGAUCCUGGCGCAAUAGCGAGGCCCUGGCCACCCGGAAGAGGGAGCUCGCGCCUGUCCUCAGGAGCCUGCGGCCACAGCAGUUCCAGCCCGAUGAGACCGGCGGUGAGGCCGAGAGGGGGGGAGGGAGGGAGGGAGAGAGAACCCGACAGAGAGAUGACGAGAACGUGAAGAAGGAAGGGGAGGAUGAGAAGAAAAAGCAAGAAAAAUUUGGGUUGGGGGUUAGGAGGGAGGUGAUCUCCCCGUCUACGCUGCUGAUCGAGUCCAGCGCGGGGGCGACAGCCCUGAAGCAGGCCACGGUUACCGUUCGAAACACGGGCUCCACCGCCCUCUUCUUCUCUUGGUCGAGGGUUUCCAGGGGAGAGACCAUCGUUAGCGCCAACGGAUCCCCCGGUAGUGGCGGUGGAGAGGGUGUUCCCGGAGAAUCGGACGCCGCGGCGGCGGGAGGAGUGGAGACUGAGCAGAAUCGAGGAGUGACUUCGACCGCUAUUGAUAAGGCCGUUGCCGUCGCAGCAUCCAGGCACGCCGCGCUGCAGAAGCCGGACGGUCGAUUCUUCUGCUCCCAGACGCUGCGCUUGCUUCCGAUGGCCCGCAUGUCUUGACUAAUUGUUUCUCACCGAAAUCCCGACGCCCUGUUCUUGCCAUAUCCCCCUUAUUCCUUUCCACACUAACCCACUUCUCACCCCACCAGUUCCCAACAAUCCUCUCCUUCCGUCCCCGCCUUUCCCUCCCCCCGCUGGUUCCAGUGCUCAGCGUAAAAAUUCUAUUAGACCCCCCCCNCUUGACUGACUAAUCGCACCCCUAUCCCCAUCCCCGCAAUCUAGACUUGAGUGGGUUGGCGCUGUUGGCAAAGCGCUGUACAACACGCCACCCCAAACAUGGCCCCCAUAGUAUGCGCUACCAAAGACGAGUGACGCGUGGAUGCGUGGAGUGAGGAUUGCUUACGGAAACCUCACAGGUUGAGUGAUGUAGGAGAUUGCCGGACACAUAGACGUGUUGAGUGAUUAUAGCUGUAUACUGAAACCCCACCGGUUGAGUGAGGUUUGAGAUGGCCAGACACAUGGACGGGUUGAGUGGGGAUAGCUGCAUACUGAAACCCCACGGGUGGAGUGAUGUUGGAGUGCCGGACACAUGGACGCGUUGAAUGAGGAUAGAGACAUAUUGAACCUCACAGGUGAUUUGUAUUAGAGAUUGCGAGACACCUAGACGUGUUGAGUGAGGAUAGCUGCAUACUAAACCUCACAGAUGCAUUGGCUUUUGAUUUGCCAGACACAUAGACGCGCUGAGUGAGGAUAGCUACAUACUGA